GGUGACAACGACCCUGAGGACCUACUAGAGCUGGAUGAAGAUCAGCUGUUUUACUUUGAUUUUAAAAGGAACGAAAUGGUGUACACAAUGGCUGACUUUUCGAAAAAAAUCAUAUUUCCAACGUGGUCUCAGCAAGCGCUGUUGGAGCUCCAGAUUUGCUUGCACAACCUGAAUUUGAGUGUUAAAGCUGAACAGAACUCACCUGAAGAGAUAGAUCCUCCUCAAGUCACAAUCUAUCCCAGAGAUUAUGUUUUACCUGGAGAAGGAAACAAACUCAUUUGUUUAGUGAACAACUUCUUCCCACCACCUGUGAAAGUGAAGUGGACUAAGAAUGAUGUGGAGGUGACAGAGGGGGUCACUCUGAGUCGCUACUACCCCAACAAGGAUCUCACCUUCAGACAGUACUCUACUGUACCCAUCAUCCCACAGGAGGGGGAUGUUUACUCCUGCACUGUGGAGCACAAGGGGCUUUCUGAGCCUGAAACCAGGCUCUGGGAGCCUGAAAUUCGGGAAGUGUCAGACAUUGGAAAGACAGUUUAUUGUGGAGCAGGACUAACUCUUGGUUUGUUGGGUGUGGGAGUUGGAACCUUCUUUCUUGUAAAGGGCAUCAGUUGCAAUUGA